ACAAAGCAAAGUUUCCCUCUUUCCCUCUUCAACUCUUCCUCAAAAUUUUCACAUCACAUUUCCUCUUCUCCAUUUCCAACAGUGUAAGUACAGAAAGUCCGAAGUACUUAAUGAGGAUGAGAUGAACAUUACAUGAUCAAAGACAAAAUACCAAGGACUGUCAGACUCUUCACCGGCGACUGCGAGCUCUGUCACCGUCGGAAUCUUCACCGUCAGCUGUCCUUAUUUUCGUGAUCUUCUCCUAGCUGAAGGAAAAUAAACUCAAAUCUCAAAACUUAUAGUGAUCAUACAGUGCUAACUGCAAAGCCACUUGGGAUGAAAUUGAUAUGCUCUCUCUCUCUCUCUCUCUCUCUCUCUGUUUAGAAGCUAUAUUUGUUUGUGAGCUCAAGCAGCCUUUGACAUGGCAAAUACGGAAGAGAUGCAAGAGUUACACAUGGCUGCUUCAGCUUACUAUAGAAAUGCUUCCAAUGGACUUAGGCAACGAGCAAGCGAUUUCUUCUAUUCAAUGGAUAUAAAUGGCGAUGGGGGUGUUAGCUUUAAUGAGUUAUACCAAUUCUUCUUUCAAAACGGAUACAAUAGGGUCAGCUUCAAUUUUUUCCAGAGUUUGGACCGCGAUGGAAAUCAGAUCUUGGAUUUCUCUGAAGUCCUCACGUUUUACUACAUCUUGAAAACCAGGGUUGUGUUCUGUGCUUGCUGUCAAAAUUACCAAUUCGGAAGGUAUUUCACGUGCGUUUAUUGCUUUAACAAUGCUAGAAAUACAGGCACGUACGACCUUUGUCCUACGUGCUAUGACUAUGGGGAAUGGAGGCAUCCUCACAGCCGUAACAACUUCUUGGAUAACUACGGCUUGCUCCGGGACAGGGCAGGCUUCCAUCCUGCCAGUGCCUCAAAUAUGUGGUGUAGUUGCUGUAGAACUAAAAAGCUAACGGGACUGUAUUUCUCGUGCGUUGAUUGCUUUAACACUGCUAGAAAUAGAGGCACCUACGACCUUUGUUCUAUGUGCUAUAAGGAACGGAGGCACCAGCACCAGCAGCGGCAUCCCCACCGUAUCCGCUUCUGGGAUAAUUACGUCUUGCUCCGGUACACGGCAGGCUUCCGUCCUUUUGCAGGUGCCCCAAAUUUUCAACGGGCACUAGUUCCGGGACGUGCUCCAUCUACAGCACAACAGAGGAUGAUGACAACAUUUCAAGCACUGGAGACGGGUGUUAAUGUUGUGAAUGCGGGUGUUAAUGUUGCGAAUGCGGAUUGUAGCAUCAUGUGAUGGUUUAUUUGGAAAUUUGAGGAGGACAAUGAUUGGCACGCACGAUGCAGGAAUCAACGUGGCUGACAGAAGAUUUUAUGUCUUCUUUCUUUGCAUUUAUUUUUCACUCCGCUUUCUUCUUUGUUAACAACUCAUCAAAUAUUUAUUCGUGCUCUGGUUUUCCUAAUGAGUGUUAAACUAGUUUACAUAAUUUAUUUUUUUACAAGUGCUUCGUCUGUAAUAUUUUCAACAUUUUCACAACA